AUGGCGGCGGUCCCAAGCGACGUGGUACUCCCGCAUCGGCCCCCUUUCGACCAACAGACUGGGGCACUGAAGAUCAUCGACAGAAAAAAGAACAUCUUCAAAUUAGCUCAGGGAGAAUACAUUGCACCUGAAAAGAUUGAAAACAUCUACAUCAGAAGUAGUCCCGUGGCACAGGUCUUUGUACAUGGAGAGAGUCUACAGUCUUUCCUGGUGGGUGUGGUUGUUCCUGAUCCAGAGACACUUCCAGAGUUUGCAAAGAAACUGGGAGUAAAUGGUUCAUAUGAAGAACUCUGUAAAAAUGAAGCAGUGAAAAAAGCCAUCUUGAUGGACAUGGUCAGGUUGGGAAAAGAAGCAGGUCUCAAGUCCUUUGAACAGGUGAAAGACAUCUACCUUCAUUCAGAAAUGUUCACGGUUGAAAACGGACUCUUAACUCCAACACUGAAAGCAAAGAGAACAGAAGUAUCCAAGCACUUCAGGAAUCAAAUUGAUGCACUAUACACUUCUAAUAUGUAGGGAUUGGGAAGAAAUAAAAGUUACCUCGGCUAAAUGUGUUUACGAUGGACUAUGCAAGCAUUUCCCGAGGCACUGGAAGAUCAUUUCCUAUUUAUAGAAAAAUAAACACCCAUGCUUGGCUAAUGUAUCACCAGGUUGCAGUGCACCUUGCAUAAAAAUGUUUAAGGUGUUCAAGUGGAGCAGGUGGUUUGUUUUGCACAAAACAUAUUGGGAAGCUGUUUUGCCACAAUACUUCAUCACACAACCCUAAUAGAAAUGAAGAGGCCUUAUGGUUUGAAUAGUUGGAAUGUAUGGCUGUUCAUUCUGAAGUGGAACAGUCUGCCUCCACUUGACCAAAGUUAUGAUUAAAUGCUAAUUUAAUCUGCUCCUUUCUGUGGCUGUACACUAAGUAAGGGUAUGUAAUAUAUUAUCAUCUCCUCAGUAUCUUAAUUUGUAUAGUCAUGUUUGUAUAAUAUUUUUUUCUGGGGAAAGCUAUGCGCUUCAUCAUCCUGCAAUAGACACUCAAAUGUUUUAACAUCAAAUGUACAUAUCCUCUUUCUAUCCAAAUACUGUUGAGGCACAAACUGAUUGUAUUACUGAAAAAAAUAUGAAUGUGAAAAAUAAAGAAAUUGCAC